AUGGCCCGUACCAAGCAAACCGCCCGCAAGUCCACCGGAGGUAAAGCCCCCCGUAAGCAGCUGGCCACGAAGGCCGCGCGGAAGACGGCCACAGCGGCCGCCACCGGAGGUGUGAAGAAGCCCCACAGGUUCCGGCCGGGAACGGUCGCCCUCCGUGAGAUCCGGAGGUAUCAGAAGUCCACCGAGCUCUUGAUUAGGAAGCUCCCCUUCCAGCGUCUCGUUCGCGAGAUCGCGCAGGACUUCAAGACCGACCUGCGCUUCCAGUCGUCCGCCGUCAUGGCUCUGCAGGAGGCUGCUGAGGCCUAUCUCGUGUCCCUCUUUGAGGACACCAACUCGGCUGCUAUCCACGCCAAGCGUGUCACGAUCCAGCCCAAGGAUCUCGCCUUGGCUCGCCGGCUCCGGGGCGAGAGGUACUAA